AUGACUGAACUCUUACCAAACUAUGACCAAACUAUCCUAUUCAUCAAAAAAGAUUCAUCAGCAUCUUUCAUAAGUGGUGGAUUCGCCGGUGCUAUAUCAAGAACUGUCGUUUCACCUUUUGAAAGAGCUAAAAUUUUAUAUCAAUUACAAGGCCCAGGCCAUGCUACUUAUAAACAUGGGAUUUUCCAAACCAUUGCACAAAUGUGGAAAGAUGAAGGUAUAAAAGGUUUAUUUAGAGGUAAUGGAUUGAAUUGUAUAAGGAUAUUCCCUUAUAGUGCUGUACAGUUUUAUGUUUAUCAAAAAAUUAAACUAUAUCUGUUAAAACCUGAUCAAUUUGAAUUGAAUAAUUAUCAAAGAUUAAUAGCUGGUGGGAUUUGUGGUACGGCAAGUGUUGUUGUGACUUAUCCUUUGGAUCUUGUAAGAACAAGAUUAUCAAUACAAACUGCAAAUUUAUCCAAAUUGAAAAAAUCUAAAAUUGAUGCUUUUGAAAAACCUCCAGGUUUUAUUAAAUCUUUAAUCCAUAUAUAUCAAAAUGAAGGUGGAUUUUGGUCAUUAUAUAGAGGUAUUUGGCCAACAACUUUAGGUGUUGCACCCUACGUGGCUAUAAAUUUCGCAGUUUAUGAACAAUUGAAAGAAUUAAUACCAAAUUCUUCAUCAACUACCAAAUUAUUAUUAGGUGCAAUUGCUGGAGGAGUGGCUCAAACUUUAACUUACCCCUUUGAUUUAUUAAGAAGAAGAUUCCAAGUACUAACAAUGGGUCAAAAUGAAUUAGGUUUCAAAUAUACAAGUGUUGGUGAUGCCUUGGUAACAAUUUUUAAAACUGAAGGUAUAAAAGGUGCUUAUAAAGGCCUGACUGCUAACUUGUUUAAAGUUAUACCCUCAAUGGCUGUUAGUUGGUGGAGUUAUGAAUUAAUUAAAACUGCAAUAAUGGAGUUGUAA